AAAGAAAAGUAUCAAGUUUUAACAGGUGAUGACCACUCAACAGUUAUUGCAAGAGUGCGUGAGGAGGUUGGCAGUAAUUUAGAGAAGUGGUCGCAUGUAAAUCAUGUAACUUGUACUUUGACAAAAGGAUUGUAUGAGGGGAAGGGGAUGGACUUCGAUCCGGACAAUGACAGAAUAAAUGACAGCAUCAUUGAUCACAUAAAAACGUGUUUUCUUGCGCCCUUCACCACUACAAAAACAAUGUUGCUGGCAUUCUUGAGGGAAUUGGGGCUAUUGUGCCACACAGCUUUGGGAUCACACUAA